AUGAAGUUGAAAUACUUGAAUAGAUUUAUUGAAAAAAGAAUAUUAUCAAGAUCGAAAUUUCAUCCACAGAAACUGCAACAUGGUGGUGGUCCACAACACGUGAGACACAUUGAAACUUCUUCAAUUGAGUCAGGAAGGAUUGGUUUGGCUGGAAUUGGUAAACCGAUAAUGGGUAUGGGUCGACCUGGUAAAGUGUCCAUUGGAUUGGGUAUAAAUGGUAAAUUUAUGUGCGGUUUUGGUUCAAUUACGAAAGAAUGA